AUGAAUUCAUAUCCACAAUCUUAUAAUUUCUAUGCUACAUCACCAUCAUUACCAUGUACUUAUUCCAAUUUCAAUACACCUUCAUCAUCAUAUUGUAGUUGUUGUUAUUCAUCAACUCCAUAUUAUCCUCAACAAACAUCACCAACAUUUGUAUUUUCCCCACCGAUUUCCCCUUUCAUUCCUCAACAUACUCCGAUUUCUACACCAACUGUUACAACAACUCAAUCUAUUCAAACUCAACAAUCAUCUUCAAAAAUUACACGACUACAAUAUACAAAUAAAGAUCGUUAUAUACUCAAUGAAUUAUUUAAACGAACACCUUAUCCAAAUGCUAUACAACGUGAUUUAAUUGCUCAACAACUUGGUAUAACAUCAGAACAAAUACGUAUAUGGUUUCAAAAUCGUCGUCGUUUACAAACACAACGUGAUACUGGUGAACGAUUAACAACAGCUAAUGAAAUUUCAGCUCUACAACAAGGAAAAACAUAUGUGAAUUCGAAUGAAUUAAAAAAUUUAAUUAAUGAAGUAGCUCAAUAUAAAAAUGCACCACCACGACUUCGACUUAAUGAAUCGUCUUAA